AUGGAUGCCAAGCUGAAGACCAAGAAGUCCAAAGGAAGCAGAUUUAUCGUCUCUGAAAUGACGAUGAAUGGCUGGCUCAAGCUUGAGAAUGAGCCGGGCUGGUUGGCUGCACACCUCAGGGGUGUCCAGGACAUUGGAGAGGUUGCAGCGCCGCUUGAGACAGACCCGAUGCUGGAGCUGGCGGUGCCCGUCUACCAGCCGCAAGGCAUGGUUUGCCUCGAAGUUGUCUUCAAGACGGGCGUCCCAGUGAGGGAGAAGCCAAGCCGCAAAGCGAAGACGGUGGCAACGCUCAAGUGUGGUGAGUACGUCUUUGCUCACACUCAGAAUUUUGACGGCUGGCUGAAGCUCUCGGGCAAGCCGGAAGGUUGGGUCCUGGCCAACGACUCGGACUGGGGCGAGCUGCUCCGACGCCGGCGGCGGAUGAACGACAUCGACUUGUGGGCCAUGUGUGAUGCCUGGGCUGCUGCAAGAGCGCGGCCGGGCACAGGGCGAACCAUGGGCCUGAGUGGCAAGGAGGUCGAGGCCCUCAAGGAGCUCGAGGAGCGCACCGUCAUGGAGGCCAAAGCCCUGUGGCAAGAGCACCGCACCAACAAGGAGUACUUGGUGUCGGAGGGAUACCUGGCCGGGGAGGACCUUUUGAAAACCGAGACUUGGAUGCGUCAGCGUGUCUUCGCCCACGUCCUUGAGAAGAAGUCCAAGACCGGUGAGGGCUGGCUUCGUGAGCUGAUCUCCGGCUUCAAGCUUUCCUUUCGUGUGCCCCCACUGCCGGGCAUCCAAGGAGAGCAGGAGGAGGAUGACUACUACGCCGAGCAGGCGCAGGCGCAAAGCUUCUCCCAGGGGCUGCGCAAGGGCUUCACGAACGGCAAUGGCGGAGCCAUGGGUGGGGCCAUGGGCGGGGCCAUGGGCGGUGCCAUGGGCGGACAGCAAGGUAACUUGGGUGCCUUCGACCCGGCAUUCGAAGGGACCAAGCCCUUUGAGUACAAAGGCAAGAUCUACACCAUGGCUCCGAAUGGUGUCCUCUUUGAUCCGCCGAAUCAGGUCCCAAUGGGCAUCUGGAACCCCGACACCCAGCGCCUAGACCCCGCCGCCGGUAUGAUGCCUGGCUGCCCGUACCCAGCGAUCUCAUACCUGGGUCGGACGUACAUACUGCUCCCCGACCAGCGUCUGUUGGACCCCGAGACCGAAGAGAUUGUGGGGACCUUCAAUCGGGAGACGAACGAGAUGGACUUGCAGAACCCCACGCUGCUUCAGGAGGUGGGCUCCAGGAAGGAGACGGGUGCUGUGCUCUUAGUUGAGCCGAGCUCACCUUGUCCGACUGCCGACAUCAGGUACUUACGGUCAACGCAAAUUUGUUGCGUUGCUCGACACGCCGAGCGAGCGGAUGCAUCCUAUGCUUUAUACAGGGGUGCGCCAUACGUUCAGUCGGAGCAGUACGAGAAGUUUCCCUUUGAUCCUCCUCUGAGUGACGAUGGAGAGGCUGGAGCGAUAGAAACAGCUCAUAGCAUCAAGGACUUUGUGGACCAGCAUGACACCACCAUCCAUGUAGUCGUCUCAUCGCCGUACUUGAGAUGUGUCCAGACGGCUGCAUCGAUUUGUAGAGUGCUGGGCCCAUCGACAAUCCUGAUGUUCGACAUGUCGUGCGGCGAGAUUUUCGGCCCCAGCGUGAUCAGCAGAGAGCAGCCAGAGCAAGUUUACCGGGAUUUCAACACAAUCCUGGAGGAGUGCAAGGCGCGAGGAGUUCACCGGGUGGCACCCGUCUGCGUUGGAACGCAGCCACAGUGGCCCGAGUCUGUCCCCGAAGGCCGGCACCGGUUUGCCGAGUCUUUUCUUCACUACGUUCAGAGGGGAACUGACAAGGCCAGAAAUUUUUUGGUGGUCACGCACGGAGACUGCGUCGCUGCCGCUGCGUCCCUUCUUCCGGGCACGCAGGACAUUCGAGCCGUGGAGCCAGGAGGUGUCCUCCUCGCUUCCAGGGUACGGCCACCGGGGCCUGGAGACGCUUGGUCCAUCAUCAGCUCUGAGCGCAGCGAUGACAAGCACGUGGAGCGUGUGGCGCUGCGGACGCUGUCAAAGGCGCAAGGAUGGAAAGUUGAAAGCAUGAACAUCGACUUCUGCCCGGCGCCGCGUAGCAAGGAGAGCAUGAUCAAGCGGAUUACCUCCAGCUUGAGGAAGUUCAGCGCCAAGACAAAGCUUGGUGAAGACCGCGUGAAGUAUUUGCUGAAGGCAUUCUCAGGAGAGCGCCGCCGGCAAAAGGGCCUAGGAGGCAGCCCGCUGCCAACUGGCAGCUCAUCCUACGGCACCCAAGGGCCGGAUCCCGCCCUUUGGGUUUUUGGUCUGGAGGACAACGACUCUCUGCACAGAAUGCCGCGUGCAAGGCCUCACUGGUCCAAGGGAUCUUACAUGUCUGCGAACCUGAGCGUCCCGGGCACGGCCAGCGUGAAGGAUGCGCCGGAGGUGACUCCGCCGCCUGCGUAUGCACCAGCCUUCAGCAAGCUCCAGCUGCCCACAGUUCCAGGCCCAGGCGAUGGGAAGCCGCAGACCUUGCUGUCCAUCAUCAAGCGAAACUCCCGUUCCGGGGCCUACGAGCCGUCAGAAGCGACAGCGACGACUAUGGCCACCGAGGAUGGACAGCUCAGCAAUGGAACUGAAACACCCAUCUCCACUCCAUGUGCCGGGAAGGGAUACCUGCAGUUGCCAGGGGCCGGGGGCCCUCGAGGACUUGGCAUCAGCGACAUCUCGUCGUCACCACUUUGGAAGCGGCGGCAGCAAAAGACGAAUGGAUUCCCUUCGCCGGCAGAUGGGCUUUGCUUGCCCGCGCCUUUGUCUGGCUUCUCAUUGCCGAACUUCCUGGCGGAUGAGGCUGAAAUAUCCGUGUGGAAGCAUGUACACUUGGUUCAGAUGCGGGACAUGUUUGGGAGUUUGCUGGGUCGGCUGACUUCCGAAUCCGUUCCAUGUUGCUCACUGCUCGGCAUCCUGCUACAUCAGAAGGAAUCGCUAGCGACCACUCUGGCUCAUGCAAGCAAGCACCUGCGCACAGGUACAAGUGCUGCAUAUCUUUGUGCCAAUGAGCCAAUCGUGAUUUCCGAAGCAGAGGUGCUUAACUCUGAGCCGGAGCUGAAUCGUCGUGACCUCAGCUCCUUGAAAAUAGGGGAAAUAUGGUCCCAGGCUAAGGACUUCGCUGUAAUGGUCAGCAAGUUCCUGGGAUCUUGGACUUACUUUUAUCUGGCAAGCUUGGUCUGGUCAGCAGAUUGCUGCUUUGCCUCGUCCUUUGCUGAGUCCGAGGAGCCCCUUCAACCUAGAUCGAUUCGCACCGCGCAUGCCUCGGAGAACAAGCAUGUGCACGACCCAGCUUUUGCCAACGAUGGGGAGCCAGUGGACAUGCACGAGUACAUCGAGCGCGGCAAUCAGAUGGUAAAGGCAGGGCGAUUCAAGGCAGCUGCAGGCCUGUUCUCAGAGGCGCUGAAAGCCUGCUCGCAACAACGAGCAGUAGAUCUCGACCUGGAGGUGGACAUCAUCAAAUCACGCGCCAAGUGCUGGAAAGCGCUGGGAUGCUUUUCCGAGCUCCAGGAGGAUGCCUCAAAGGUCCUGAAGUUGACUGGAAACCGAGACAGCGAUGCACUGCAAUGGCACAGGGCGGCCGAAGAGGGCCUGGCACACCGAAAUCGGCGAGCCCCUGAGCAGCCGCGAGAAGCACCGCCAAUGACUGGCAGCGCGAACGGUUAUGGCGGGUUUGGUGCCAAGUGCUCGCAAUGCAACGGCCUGGCUUCAAAGUGUGCCCAGUGCGGAGCAGGGAUGGAGCGAUGUGGCUACUGCGGGCAGCCUGUCUCCCGCGCGAACUGCUGCAGCCGCUGCCACUGCACCUACUAUUGCGGCCGCGAGUGUCAGAGAUCUCACUGGAAGGUGCACAAACUUGUUUGUCAAAGUGCGCUGGAGUGA